AUCGGCUUCCCCUUUUGAUAUCAUGGUAUAAGAGAGAGAGCGAGCUCUCAUAACACUACCCUCUCGAACCAUGUCGAGUUGACCCUGUGAAGGUACAGAACUAAGUUUACAAGCCUCAUCGGCUCUCUCCACAUGUGGCUACGAAAACUGGGCUGAGGGCUUGUCAAAAUGGCAGUGGUCAAGACAUCAAUCAGGCUUGUGGCUUGUGUUGGGAGCUUAAUUUUCUCGACACCGGUUGGUUUUUCGAAGAAGAAAAAAAGCCAACCUUCUUCUGUGUUCGACCUCAACCAUUGACGCCUACCAGUAUCAACUGCGGCCGCGCUCAUGUGGAAAUCGCGCUGCGCCCUCUGCGACUGUUGGUCGCCUGGCUAUCUGGAAGAUGGCCGGCACAGGAGCUUCAGGCCGACACGACUGACGAACCUGAAAGUUUUCGGCGCUGAUCCGAGCCUUCGCUGCACAAGAACUCAAGAGUCAGGAACAGCGUUCGCGGGAUCCUCCCUGUACACCAUUUUGCUGCAGCUCUCGGGCUUGCCCCAGCUUACCCGGCUGCCACCCGAGCUUACGAAGAUGAUCCAAAACUUUUCGGCCGACAACCUUGUUUGGAGGCUCACUCGAGUGAUUGGGAUCGCGGAAAAUGGGCCCCCGCUGUCUGUCAUGCCACAAGCUUUUCAUCUAUCCAAGAUUUCCGCUUGGGAGCGCGGCGGAGAACCUGUCCUAGCAGCAAACGGUUGUGAGUCGGCCAUGCCACAGAUCAUUCGUCUGACCGUCGACUCGCGCGGACUUCAGAGGGUUGAAAGGCUACAAGAAAAGCCCGUCCAUCGCCCUGGGAGGUCCGAAUCGAAGGCCUUUGCAGUGUUUGAUGAAAGGGAUGUGCGAGGGGCCGUUUUGUGGUUCAAGGAUAAACCUACCGCCUAUGGUUGA